GCCAUGAAUUCCAGAAAACUGACCUCAGAAACACGGAGAGGGUUUCCUGCUACUAAAGCACAUUCCCAGCAGCCAUCCCGGAUCGUCAUCGUGGAUGUCACAACACCCUCAUGGACCAGCACCUGUUCAGUGCUCUCCGAAGCGCUGGAAAACACACUCUGCCUGGCGUGCAGUUUGGCAGGUCCCUGCCGCAUUCCCCUGCUGAGUCUCUACGUGGUGCAGAACCACCAGGAGUGUCUGCUUCCCUUUAUGCAAGUGAAAGAGAACUUUGCACGAGUUCAGACCUGCAUUUCCGAGCUGCGCUCCCUACCCAGAGAAGGCUGCUUCCCACGGGGGGGAAAUGGAGUGGUACAGGCUGUGCAGGAUGGCUUGCAGCAGUUCAAACAAUACAGCAGACACACAGCAGCAGGAAGCUCGACUAACAGUUCGGUUGAGAUUACAAUUCUGACUAGCGAGUCAGGCAAAGAAAUGGUGAAGCAGCUGGAAAAGAAGUUAAAAGAUGUAGAUCUUGUGAGUCUGCGAAGACUACAAAUCAUUGAGGUGCUGAAGAGAGACUUGCUGGAGCCUGAGGGUGCGGAGCAGAGUGUGCCAGCAGAAGAGCCUGGUAGUGAUGACAUUGCAAUCCUGGGAAUGGACAUUGAUGUUCAGACAGUAGAGGACAGUGUCAUCAGCUUGGAGAUGCUGCUUAAAACCUGGCUUCAUGACUAUGGCACAGACAGAGAACAGCUCCAUCUCCUCCUUCCAUCAGGAGGCUUUGGCCACGCCACUGCCACCAAGAGCAGUCUAAUGUGUCUGAAGUGUGAUCUGCAGGAGAGAUUGCUUGACCCAGCUCUAGUUGAUGGCACACGAACAGCGGACCUGAGCUCAUCCUGCCAGCUGGCUUCUUGGCCAGCCACAGCACUGUAUAGACUUCGAGUUGUAAAAGCUCUGAAGGCAGAAGGGGUCUGUGAGUCAGUACUGUAUGGACUGCCCUUCAUCAUCAAGCCUACAAGCUGCUGGCAACUAGACUGGGAUGAAUUAGAAACAAACCAACACAGCUUCCAUGCUCUAUGUUACAGUCUUCUGAAAAGGAACUGGAUGCUUUUGGCCAAGUGUGAGCCACAAAACACUAGUCCAAGCUGGAACAUCAUGGUGCAUUCCUACUACAUCAUCAUCCCUUCUGACUCUGCCACGCUGCUUGUCAAAGCAGUCGCCGUCAGAGAGCUCCUGCUGCCAUCAACCUUCCCAGCCCUCCUAGCUGAGCAUCCUGAGACAGUGUGUGGCCCUAUAGAGAGCGCCCUGAACAGCCUGGAAGUGGAAGUUACUUACAACCCCUUGCACCUGAAAAACAACCUCUACAAGUACCUGAAGAAUGUGUUGCGCAGACCCGGGCAGAGGCAGCAAGCUCAGCCCAGGGACCAGCGGCCGGAGCGGCACCCGCCCAAGCAGCAUCAGAGCAGAGCCAAAGCCACGGUAGCACCUCUUCUGAUGGCUCCUUCCCCUGUCCAAGUGUUCAGAGCAGCAGCAGCAAGGAGAGAUUCCUGCGAGCAGUCGCUCCUUCUCGGAGAGGAGGAUGAGUUCCUCGAGGCCCUGCAGUGA